AUGACCACUGCCACAAUGACUUCUCAUCAACCGCAACCGUCUAUACAAGACAACCAUCAUAGCCAUUAUCAUCAUCACCACCACCAGCAGCAGCAACAUCCGCAUUUUUCACAGCAACAACAGCAACAACAGCAACAAGCGCAUCGCUAUCAUGUGCAGCACAUUGGCAAUUACGUUAUUCACAGAAAAACACUAGGCUCUGGUAGUAUGGGUACAGUGAAACUAGCAGAGUGUUUAUCAGACAAGGAUCAUCAGCAGUAUGCUGUGAAAAUCAUGCCCAAGGUGAAUCUAAGUUCGGUCGCAGCGACGAGUGAAUCAAAGAGUAAGGAUCCAAAAGACACGCCCAGGGAAAGAGAGCAGAGAACGAUCCGAGAAAUGGCCAUCAUGCAUUUGCUGAGACAUCCCAACAUCUGUCAGCUCAAGGAAUGGGUAGUGCAUGGUGACCAUUACUAUAUGUUUUUAGAGUAUAUCGAAGGAGGCCAGCUACUGGAUUAUAUCAUCAGCCAUGGCAAAUUGAGAGAGAAACUAGCAAGAAAGUUUGCAAGACAAAUUGUGAGCGCAUUAGAUUAUUGCCAUAGAAACUCUAUUGUACAUAGAGAUCUCAAGAUUGAAAACAUCCUCAUCACUAACCACGAGGAAAUCAAGAUUAUCGACUUUGGAUUGUCCAACAUUUACUCGCCCAGUCGACUCUUGAACACGUUUUGCGGCUCUCUCUACUUUGCUGCCCCUGAAUUACUACAAGCUCGCAACUACACUGGUCCAGAAGUUGAUGUGUGGAGUUUUGGCGUCGUCUUGUAUGUGUUGGUAUGCGGGAGGGUGCCUUUUGAUGACACAAGUCUGCCUGCAUUGCAUCAAAAGAUAAAAUCAGGUCAUGUAGAGUAUCCAGAUCAUUUGAGCAAAGACUGCGUUGAUUUACUAUCCAAAAUCCUGGUUGUGGAUCCCACAAAACGAGAGACACUGUCAUUUGUGAUUCAUCAUCCAUGGAUCAACAAGGGCUAUGAUGAGCUUAUAUUCAACCAUUUACCUCAUCGACAGCCGUUGACUUCAGUGGAUCCAAGCGUCAUUCAGGGCAUGCGAGGAUUUGGACUUGGUACACCUGAAGAAAUUGAAACAAAGCUAUUGCAUAUUAUUUGUUCACCCGAGUACCAAUAUGCAGCAGCUCAAGUGGACCAAAACUACCAGUUGCAGCAGAGACAGCAGCAUGAUCAGCAACAGCAACAGCAAAAUCAGCAGCAACAGAGCCAGAACGAGUCAGCAUCUCAUCGAUGGCGUCGUACGCUCUCUAUUCGACGCACAGCACCAGCCUCAGCCAACACCAUGAGAAAAGACGACCCUCAGCACCUGCCAGCCAUGUACGAUCCAUUGAUUUCCAUCUACUGCUUGGUCAAGGAGCGUAGACAGUUUGAUGAAAAGUGUCGAUUAUUGGAAAGUGAAGGAUAUCAAUCACCUGUUCAAAUUGGUAGAUCUGCCAGUACGUCAUUGACUAAAUCAGUUCGACACGCAAAUAGUCAUAGUAGCCUUAUGCGUCGUAAGACAGAACGUGUGCCACCCUCACACACGCGAAACAUGUUCAAGGAUGACAAGACCGAGGAUUGGGCUGCUCCUCCCACAACGUCAGGUACCACGACCGGAAACGCGCCUAAACGGUUCAACAGCGUCAAAAGCAAUACAACCAUACUGCAGAGAAGCAAGAGUGCUGCCAAACGUUUGGGUGCCAUGCUACCCAAUCGUCAACAACAACAAUCAUCAUCGACUGCAUCACAAGACGAAAAUGUAGCACCACGCAAAGCCCACUCCAGUGUUGCAGUGCACAUCAUUGAUCCUCCAGAGCCCACGUAUUCGCUCAAGGAAAAGACAAUGAAUAUACUUCGAUCCAACUCACUUACGGAUAGAAGAUAUCGCCAUCAACAACAGCAACAGCAACAGCAACAGCAACAACUGCAGAAGAGGACAUCUCCAUCUUCCUCUUCUACUUCUUCUCACACUGAAGACGAAUUAAAUGUGAUCUCGAGCUCAGCUCCAUCAUCAGGCUAUAGUGGCAGUGGAGGAAGAUUCAUUGAAGAAGGUAUUCAUCAGCAGCAGAGAGAGAUCCAACAGCAGCAGCAAACACCCAAGAUGAGCACCCAUCCAAAGAGUCUGUUCAACUUUAGUAGACGCCAUUUAUUCAAAGUGACUACAGUCGACAUGAUGAAAUACAUUCAACAGGUGCUGCUCAAACUAGGCAUUCGAUACAUCCCUUCACCACAGGAAUCUUUCACAUUGAAAUGCGAGUUGAAUGACUGGGCAAGAUACCAAGAGUUUGAGCUGGAUGAUGAGGGUCUUGAUCGAACGGAGGAUCCAGUGUAUUUUACAGUCAUGGUUUAUCAGGCAAGAUGGGCAGGUGGUAGACUGGGUAUCAAAGUGAUUGAAGCAGAGGAAGAUGAGAAAUUUAGACACAUUUAUCAUACGAUACUCAAUGAGCUUGACUUAUUGGUCAAAGCGCAAUGA